CUUAAUGCACACACACAGGCAAGCUUUGACGUGAGCAGAGAUCAUAUACACGGCGAGAGGCGAGAUACGAGACGAUAUCGACGGGUCGAGUCGUGUCAAGCGAGCAAACGCUGUCAUUUGGUGGUGUUUCGCUUGACCCGUCGUACGCGAGUGAGGUUUUGUAGAGUUCACGCUCGCCGAGAACGCGUUUUAAUUGAAAAUCGGCGAAAAUGGCGGAUACCACCGUAGACGCUACGCGACGCCUGAACGUGAAAAAACAAACGCUGGACGACGCUUAUGCAGCGCCCGCGAACUUCCUCGAAAUUGACGUGAUUAAUCCGAUCACACACGGCGUGAGCAAGAAACGGUACACCGAUUACGAGGUUCGCAUGAGGACAAAUCUGCCAGUCUUUAAAGUAAAGGACUCGACUGUGAGAAGACGAUACAGUGAUUUUGAAUGGCUCAGGAAUGAACUAGAAAGAGAUAGUAAGAUCGUGGUGCCACCUUUGCCAGGGAAAGCAUGGAAACGUCAAAUGCCUUUUCGCGGGGAUGACGGUAUAUUCGAGGAAGAUUUUAUCGAAGAUCGAAGAAAAGGCUUGGAACUCUUUGUCAACAAAAUAGCGGGACACCCACUGGCGCAAAAUGAACGAUGUUUACACAUGUUUCUCCAGGAACCCGUAAUAGACAAGAACUACGUACCUGGCAAAAUACGUAAUACAUAAGUCGCUGUAAAAAUGUUCGCAACUACCUUUUCCACCGAGCCUUCUACAUUCGAGAUCACGUUUUCAUCAUGUCUUUUGGCAUUUUAUUUGGAAGUCACGAACGUUCCUCUAUAUUUUUGCAAUAGUUAAGCUUCCAGCGCUGCGAUAUCGGGUCGCAGGGUGCUUAUUCGAAAGGCAAAACUUUUUAGUUUAUUAUUUAAACGCGCUACUCUAUUGCGCGGAAAUUAUAGCUUCAAACAUCUUUAUAAAGAUACAAAUAUAUAGUAUAUAAAUCGACAAAAUCAUUCGUACUCGUUAGUAGGUUGAUUCUGUCCACUGUUAUCAUGAUACUGUUUGUAACAAAGGAUAUAAGUAAAAUAAAAAAAAAUUUAAAAGAUAA